CAGUAAUCUAUCAGCUGGACUUUAAUUUCACACAGCAAGGUGACCUCUUUUGCUUUCUCCACCCAUCCAUACCUUCAUCUGAUGAGGACUGUUCAACCAAGAGGUGGUGCUGUGCCCAUGUAAGAGCCUGCAUUCAUGUGCCAACAGCGGGUAUGAUUGUGUACCAUAUGGGUAUAAAAGGUAAAGGGUAAAGGGACCCCUGACCAUUAGGUCCAGUCGUGACUGACUCUGGGGUUGCGGCGCUCAUCUCACUUUAUUGGCCGAGGGAGCCGGCGUACAGCUUCCGGGUCAUGUGGCCAGCAUGACUAAGCCGCUUCUGGCUAACCAGAGCAGCACACACAAACACCGUUUACCUUCCCGCCAGAGCGGUACCUAUUUAUCUACAUGCACUUUGACAUGCUUUCGAACUGCUAGGUUGACAGGAGCAGGGACCGAGCAAUGGGAGCUCACACUGUCAUGGGGAUUCGAACCACCGACCUUCUGAUCAGCAAGCCCUAGGCUCUGUGGUUUAACCCACAGCGCCACCCGUGUCCAUCCAUAUGGGUAUACAAAAGGGUAUACUGCCAUGUGGGUAUGGUUGUGUAUGCCAGCUCUUUUAUGACUGAUGGAGGUGUGAGCCUUAAGAAUAUACGGUGACUACCAAAGGCCUACCUACCCCAGCAUCCUGUUCUCACAGGUGCCUAGUCCUCAUUUAAUUCCCACAACACCCUUGUGAGGUAGGCUAGGCUGUGAGAUGGCGACUGGCCCCCAAGACCACCUAGUGAACUUCAUGGCCGAGGGGGGCGGUGGGAGGAUUUGAAUCCUGGUGUCUCCUAGGUUAUACUACCAACAACCAAUUACACCACAUAGGCUCUCAUUUUAAAGUCUGUGAGUUCGUCCCAAAAAAUCCUGGGUGGGAACUGUAGUUUCCCCAGCACAGACUUACAAUUCCCAGCACUUUUAGCAAACUGCAGUUCCCAGAAUUCUUUGGGGGAACUUCUGACCUUGAAAUAUACAUUAUGAAUCUGUGCAAUAUGUGAGCUUGGACCAGAUGGGAGAUCUUGCACAGCCGAAUUCUCAACCAAUUGAAGCUUUUGGGUUGCCUUCAAAGGGACGUCUCCUUCCCUCUCCAGUCUUGGGUGUUUGGCAGGGAUCAGAUACUUCAUCUCACCCCCACUCAUCUUUUAUACUGUGAUUAUUAUUUAGUGAUUCCAAAAAUGGCAGUUAAGAAACUCAAUGUUCUAGAACAACAACGGUCAUAUUUGUUCAAAAAUUGAAGAUGCAGGGUGGGGAAAUCAUGGAGACUAUUAUUUUUAUUUUUAAAUAGUCAGGAAUUUGACAGGAUCAGUUCUAAUUACAAGAUAAAAUGGUUUUAUGUUUUAAAGUAAAAAUAGGAUCAAUUGAAGAAGGGUUAGAUGAAUGAAGCCAAAUGAAAUGCAGAUCUAAUCAGUAGAGUUCUUUGUUUUUUAUAAUAUAUAGAAAACAAUGAAUGCUGUAAAAGGGGGUGGAGAGUAACAUGAUAUAGUAGAUUAGAUCAAAUAUGAUGCUAAAUAGAAGAUUCUUAAUCCUACCUGUCGGAUAUGUUGUGUUUUAAAGAAACAUAAUCUAAAUCCUGAAAUACUGUUCAUGGCAGGUUUGUAAUUUAGGGUUGUACUGAUACUCUCAUCAAUAUUAUUUUAAAAAACCCAGAAUUGCAUUUUAGAUUUUUAAAAAUUCUGAUUUUAAUGUAUGUACGUGUUCCACGGAUGAGUGAGGAUUUGAACAUGGGUUUCCCACGUGCUAAGUCACUAACCAUUCCAUAAUGCUAUCUAUUUGUGUGUGUGCAUGAGAAGUCUGGAAAGUGGCAACAGCAGAACGAGGCCUUUUGUGUAGUGGCUCCCUAUUUGUGGUGUAUUCUCCCCAGGAAGGCGCACCUGGCGCCUUCACUACUUAUCCUUAGGUGCCAGGUGAAAACUUUCCUCUUCUCCCAAGUACACGCAUGAAUGAUUUCUUAUCCACCCUUCACCCUAAGGUCUCAGAGUGGGUUGCAAUUUUAUUUAUUUCAUAAAAUGUAUAUAUUGCUCAGUUUUCAUUUUUUUUUUUAAAGCAAUUUAUUGGGUUUUACAAUAGGAAUAAAUGUAAUAAACAAUAUAGCAUUCGUCUUAACAUAAUUUCACAUUUUCUUUGGACUUCCUCACAUCUCCCGCUCCCACCUUCAUCAUUAUAACAUUUUGUCAGCAAUUUAUCAUCUUAUUUAAAUUCUUAUAUCUCUUCGAUAUUUCAUAAUCUUAAAGUUCUCAUAAAGAGUUAAACUUUCACAACUUUUCUUGUUUCCUUAAAAAUUUCUAAGUUAAGUGGUGCUCAGUUAUUUAGUCCAGCAUCUUAUUCAGCAUUCAAUCAAAUCACAAUGUUUUUGUAGGUAGUUCUUAAAUUUCUUCCAGUCCUCCUCGAUUCUCUCUUCUCCCAGGUCACGGAUUCUGCCAGUCAUUUCAGCCAGUUGCAUAUAGUCUAUCAGUUGCAUCUGCCAUUCUUCCAGUGUGGGUAGAUCUUGGGUUUUCCAAUGUUUUGCGAGUAGUAUCCUUGCUGCUGUUGUUGCAUACAUAAAAAAUGUCUGGUCCUUCUUUGCCACCCCUUGGCUGACAAUACCCAAAAGGAAGGCCUCUGGUUUCUUAGUGAAAGUAUAUUUAAAUACCUUUUUCAAUUCAUUAUAAAUCAUUUCCCAGAACGCCUUCACUUUAGGGCAUGUCCACCAGAGGUGAAAGAACGUUCCUUCACACUCUUUGCAUUUCCAGCACUUGUUAUCAGACAGGUGGUAAAUUUUUGCGAGUUUGACUGGGGUCAUAUACCAUCUAUAAAUCAUUUUCAUUACAUUUUCUUUCAAAGCAUUACAUGCAGUAAAUUUCAAUCCAUUACUCCACAGCCUUUCCCAGUCCUCAAACAUAAUAUUAUACCCAAUAUCCUGUGCCCACCUUAUCAUAGCCGAUUUAACCAUUUCAUCUUGUGUAUUCCAUUCCAACAGCAAGUUAUACAUCCUUGAAAGUAUCUUAGUCUUUGGUUCUAACAAUUCUGUUUCUAAUUUCGAUUUCUCCACCUGGAACCCUAGUUUCUUAUCACUUUUAAAAACUUCUUUAAUCUGGGCAUAGUGUAACCAAUCUCGCACUUUGUCUUUCAUGUAUUGCUCAGUUUUCAGAAGAAACCUUCAAAGUGGUUUGCUAAAAAUUCAAUACAGUAUUAAAAAUGAUUUAAAUUUAAAAAUUAAAAGUAGGAAUAAAUUGGGUUGGGUUCUGAAAUAUUAUUAUUAUUAUUAUUAGUAAUACUAGUAUGCUGCUCCGUAUCAAAUUUGAAGAUUUAAAAAAACAAACAUUUAUUCAAAAGUUACAAUACAACUUCGUCUAUUGCCACAUCACAAAAUGAUCACUCCAAUCCUCAAUUCCUCAUCACUGUCAUGUUGGCUUGCCCAGUACCCUCAAUAGGAACCCAAAUAUAUAUACUUCUUUUUUAAAAACACUGUUUUAAUUCCUUUAUAAUUUAAUGACGUUUUAGCUGCCAUUCUUUUCUACGUUUUUAGUUUUCUGUGUUUUAGCCGUCCUUGCUUUGAUGUUUGCCAGCCGCCUUGAGUCCCGGUCUGGAAAGAAGGAGGGAUAUAAAAAUAAUGGCAGCAGCAACAACUAUCAUAAUGAACAAUUUUUUUUAAAAAAAAUUGCUUGUGUAUGUUUCAGCGUGUGGAUAUACACAGCGUAACGGAGCGCGUGCAGCCGGGCGGGGGAUCCUAAGUCGCGCGCCCUCCCGCGCGCGCGCAGCUGUGGUGCAGCCCUUUGUGAAGGGAGGGCGGGGCCGCACUGCCGCCCCCCGCCCGCCCCCCAGCGAUGCCUGCGUCCGGCCGAGGGAAUAUAAGCGGACCCCGCCCCCGCCUCCGCCCCCAGCAUCCCGCCGGCCCACCCUUCUGGUCGGCUUCUUCCUCCUCCCGCCUCCUCGGGAGUACCUCCAUGCGCUCUAUGUAAGGAAAUUGCGUGCCGAAGAGGGAGGAGAUUGUGGGGCCCAAUGCUCAGCGACGGGGAGGCGAGACCUGUAGCUGCCUGAAUAGCAGAGAGAGAGCGCGAGAGAGGCUUCCCAGCCUGGAGGAGAAGGAAGCUUCGCAGAAGAGGCCUGUCUGGACACCUCCCCUCCCAGUGCCCUCCCACUAUUAGGUUCCCCUUUCUCUUCCUCCUCCUCCUUGCACGUUGCCGCAGCGCCCGCGCGCAAGGGAAGCCGGCGCUCGGUGGGGUGAGUUUACACAGAGAGCCGGAGUGACUGCUUCGGAGGCGGGGGGAAAAGAGAAUUGCAGUCCACGUGGCUCAUGGGUUGUCGGGGGAGGGAAGUGGGGGGGGGAAUCUUUCCUAGUAAGAGUUUGUUCUGGAGAGAGCUGCGGCUGGUGCAAGAAGGGAACCCACAGAAGCCCGUUGGAUAACCCUUCUUUAGUCUCCACCGCCUUUGUGCCAGGGUUCAAAAGUUAAGGUGAAUGCCCCCCGCUCCAUGCAGCAAUAUAGACAGAGUUUAUAAAGUUCAUAUAGUUUGAGCACCAGGAAAUGGGUAGUGAUUUUUUAUUAAUUACAUUAAUAUCCCACCCUUUUCUCCAAGUAGCUGAAGGUGGUUUUUAAAUGUUCACGUGGGUUUUUUGUUUUGCUUAAAAGGGUCGCAUUGAGUUGCUGUGGCACAAAAGUAACCAAUUCAUUAUUACUAUUAAUACGAAUAGUAAUUCAUCUAAUAAUUAUAAGUAAUGCUAUUAAUACUUAUAAUUAUUAUAUUUGUCAAAUAAAAGCAAGAUUAACUGUUUUCUGUAUGCAAGACAGUGUGUGAAGAGGGCCAAAGAUGCUAGUGUGUUGUUUGCAGUUGUAACUCUUUUGGGAAGUUGGCGCUAAACUGGCAAACAAGUGCUUUCAAAUUCAUGUGUUCUAGGGAACUAUACUUAACAUGAAUUGUGGUUAAUGUUAGUGCAUGUGCAACCACUUUGUUCUGUGGAACUGGCACCGUUACACAUGCCACAUAACACAUGUUCCACAUUUGUAACAUACACUUUGGAACUCCCUGCCUCUUGACAUAACAGCAGGUGCCUUCAUUGUACUAACUUUUUUUUCCGCCUACUAAAAACAUUUCUGCUAAGUAUGUAGAAUGAAAAAGUGUAUGUUUAACUUACAUUUUUCCCGCAGAAAAUCUUCCAUUUCCAGAAGUUCAUGAGUAGCAACAAAUGGAUGCGGAGUUCAAGUACUAGAUGAGGCAAGCCCUCCCCCUCAGAUUUUACUGGCUUCAAUCCUGAUGGAUUUUGGCGUGCCAGCUGAAAAUACAUUUAUUCAGCAAGGCCUUUAACUCACACCCAUAACAGUGAAAGGAUUUGCAAAAAGAUGUCAAUUGCAAAUGCAACAUCAGACAAGAUUAGCAGUUUCAAAGUUGACUGUUGUUGUUGCUGCGCUGUUGACUAAAUAAGAGCAAGAUAGUUAUUGCAAGUUAGGUGAUUGUUGAAGGUGCUGCAAAGUUUUCUGGGUGUCUGCCGGACAUUUUCGGAUGUGAAUUACCCUAUCCAAAUUAUUCCAGUUUGCAUCAAAAAUUGCCUGGUUCAAUCUUUUAUACAAAACCCACAUAGCUGAAGUUCAUGUGUAAAAUAGAACUUUGGUGUUAGAACUUAAGUAGAUUAAGAACUUAAGUAUAUUUAGCACAAACCCGUUUCUUUGGCUUGCAGACCAUAAACAUCAAAUAUGCUGUAUAGGGCUACGUAUGUGUACAGAAGGGGAGAGCGCUCCCUAUGCCCCUCUUCCCCACGAGGUUCCUUGGCACACCCCUCAUGCAUGCCAGGCGUUAACCAGAAUUGACUCUUCAUUGUCCAUCGCGGAAUGGAUGGGCUGAAGAGUCCUCUUGCCCUGCUAGCAUGUACAAAUAAUUUUACAUACAAUAAUUUUACAAAUAAUUUUAUUUGUAUGCCUCCUUUCCAUUAGUUGAGGCAUGUUCAAGGCAGCUUACAACAUGAAAAAAACCUCAUAAUGACAACAAAAGUUGUCGUAAAUAAAACAUGCAAAAAAUACACAACCAAAUCAAAUGAUUUCCACAUAAAUCAUAAUAAGAUCUAAAAUAAAGGUACCAAAAAUUAAUUGCAAUAAUAGCAACAACCUUCCCAACCAAAGCCCCUUACCCCAGCCCAAGAGUCUGUUCAGCAGCCUCAGCUUUUGUAUUGGGGUCAUUCAGGGCUCCACCCUGCCAGGCCAGGUGGGAAAAGCUCUGCAAGGCAGGAAGAUGGUCUCCGUCUAGCACAGAAUUAACAUCCAGUAUUUGGUUUUAAAAAACCGAGAUUUUGGGAGGGUGAGGGACAAUUGGAUAGCUCUUGAGUGGACCUAAGGGCUCUAGUAAAUGAACAUGCCACAAACCUACCUGCCAGACUAGUUGACUUUUGGGUUCUCUACAGUUCUGUGAUUCUGAUUACAGGUACUACAGCUGGGGGGGGGGUGUUGUCCAUCUCACAACCUGGUGAGUGCCUCAACUUGAGCUAAGCUAAGAACACUUCUGGCAACCGAUCGUCCUGAUUCCAUGUUUGGGUUGGUGUAGGGCACGCCCUACGGAGCCAUGUAUAUAUUUAGCUCGAGAUCUCAUCCUUCAGGGUUGUACAUAUCUAACAGGGCGAGUUGAACAUCACCUGCUCUCUUUUGGAAUCUCUUUAAACGCCCUUUUGCAUUCUGGGCCUGUUGGUUGGGGGUUGGGGUCACUAUGCUAGCACCUUCUUCUUCUUAUUUUUCUUUUGUAAAGAUUAUUUAAUUUUACAUGCAACGCAGAGAACAGUUAUAGCCACAGGUCAAAAAUAUAAAACUAUGAGAUGGGCACGUGGAAUCUGAGUACAGUUGCACAUGGGUCAAAAUAAUAAACUUCAGGUAACGACUUUCAGCGUUACCAGAUAUAUCAGGUGUAGUUCCAGAUUUGCCCUGCUUGUGAUCAGGGUCAUCUUGAAAAUGGUGGUUCCACUCUACUGUGUUUAGAGUGCCAAAUCAUAUGAGAAGUAUCUGGAGGUUCUAGUUCUUAUCAAAAUCUAAAAUAACACAUGAUUUUCUCUGUUAUACCUAUAUUCCUGAGAGAGUGACUCCAAGCAGCCAGUGUAAGAUUUUGGACUGUUGCAAUUACUAUUCAAGCUUCCUAGAUAAUAUAUAAGACCAAUUCUUUUGAUGAUACAUCUACACUGGUAUUGUCAAAAAAUAUUCAGUAGGACAACGAUCAAUAGUUUCUUCAGUAUUGUGUAUCAUUUCUGCCAAAGACCAGCUGACGUUCCCAUCAUAAAUGAUAAUAUGUACUAAGUUUAUCACAACCCUUCCAACAUUUAGGUGACAUAGAAGACGACUUUUUUUGGCAUUUGCAAAGCAUCGCGAUGCCAUCUGUGAAGUAAUUUCCCUAAGAAAACUGGAAACAAAUUGUAAGGGUCUCCGUUCCCCAAUCCCUUUCACACCUUUCCUCCUCUUCUCUGUCAAAGGGAACGCCUUUUGGCCUGCUUUGGUUUCUCCUUGAGAAGAAAGGUGCCGAUGGCGAGCGACGUUGUGGAGAACGAGAAGGAGUUCUACUCCAAGGCCAAGAAAUACUGGAAGGACAUCCCCGCAACAGUGGAUGGGAUGCUGGGUGGCUAUGGGCACAUCUCCAGCAUCGACAUCGACAGCUCCAAAAAGUUCCUGCUCCGUUUUUUGCUGGUAAGCAAGGUGUUCUCUCUUUCAAGCUGAGCAGGAACAGCCUGGGGUUACCUGCUUUCCUCCAGAUAUUUUGGACUACAUCUCCCAGCAGCCUGAGCCAGCCCCGCCCUGCCAAAUAAUGCAGGGGCUGAUGGGAAAUGUAGUCAAAAAACACCUGGAGAUUGGCCAAGGCUGGUUUAGGAGGAGUGUGGGAAAUACACUCCCCCCCCCCCAUUUUAAAGCAGUGAAUCAUCGGAUAGUGGAGUUGGGAGGGUCAUCUAUUCCAACCCCCUGCAAUGCAGGGAUCACAGCAGAAGAGUCAUUGACAGAUGGCCAUCCAAGCUCUGCUUGAAAACCUCCAAGGAAGCCGAGUUGACUGCAGAAUCUCUGGCAGGGAUGGCUGACCUGUAGCCCUCCAGAUAUUGUUAGAUUCAAACUCCCAUCAUUCUGGGGCAGGGCCUUUUUGGCGGUGGCUCCCUAUCUGCAGAAUGCACUUUCUAGUGAGGUGCACCUGUCCCUGUUAUGUUAGGCUAAGAGUCCUUUGCCAAAAUGCACAUUGGGCAAAAUUGUGAUUUCGAUAAGCUGGGGAGGCCUUGGUGGUGGUGCCACUACUGGGAGCUACCCAGUGCUUUUUUUUACUACUAGAACACCUGCUGUUCAUUAGGAACGUCGCAGGUUUAAUCCCCAGGGCUGGUCAUUGUUCCCUGCCUGAAACCUGGGGAAAUGGAGGCUGUAUUUCCAAACAUGGAUGCCAUCUUGCCAGAAGCAGUAUAACAGAGAAGGGUGUGUGUGUGGGGAAACAAUGAAAGACCCUGUUUCUGAAAGCCUUGAGAGGCAUUCAAGGUUCUAGCCCUCAUUGACUUCAUUUCUGUCUAGGAUGAGCCUAACAGGACAGGGACCUCCCGUGCCUUGGACUGUGGGGCUGGCAUUGGCCGGAUUACCAAGCGGCUCCUGCUGCCACUUUUCGGAACGGUGGACAUGGUGGAUGUCACAGCGGACUUCCUUAACCAGGCCCGGACCUACCUGGGUGAGGAGGGUCGGCGUGUGAGGAACUACUACUGCUGUGGCCUGCAGGACUUCAGCCCCGAGCCCAGUGCCUACGACGUCAUCUGGAUCCAGUGGGUGAUAGGUGAGAGUCUCCCUCCACUACCUGUAAAAAAAGGGUUGUGUAUCCAGCUUAUUUUCUCUGUCUCAGAGAGUAGACCUUAAUGAAAUCAGUGAACCUCAGUUAAUCUUGGUUGUUGACUUCAAUGAGUCUACUCCAAAUGGGAUUGCCAUUGGGUACAACUGGCAAAAGGUCCCAUUUGCACUGUACAUUUAAAAUGCUACAGUACCUCUUUAAAAGGCAUUUCCCCCCCCCCCAAAGAAUCCUGGGAACUGUAGUUCAAGGUGCUGAGAGUUUCUAGAACUUUAUUGCCCCCCCUCACAGAGCAGGGUUCCCUGAGGAAGGAGGAUUGAUUGUUAAAUCACUCUGGAAGCUGUAGCUCUGUGAGGGUUUUUUCCGGCCUCCUAGCAACUCUCAGCACUCUGAACAAACUACAGUUCCCAAGAUUAAUUGUCAGGGAACCAUGACUGUUCUAAGUGGCAGUCCUUUAAAUGCAUAAUGUGACUGGAGCGUAGGAUAGAGACAGGAAAGGUAUCCCAUUUCAUCAGUUAACUCUCUCUGAAGAAUUUAAAGGGCAGUGUAAAUGUCCCCCCUUCAACGUCCUUUCUGUUUUCCUCACAACAGGCUUGUGAGGUAGGCUUGUCAGAGAGGGCAAACAGCCUAAGGUUACUUCAGGGCUGUUCAGCCGCUUAAUUAUCACAGCAUUGCAUUCCAGCCGCUGCCUUUUAGGUUAAGGUUGUCGUCCAGUGAAACUGAAUGUUGGAAGAUUCAGGACAGAGAAAAGAAAGGACUUCUUCACACAGAGCAUAGUUAGAACUAGGGAACUCCCUCCCACAGUGAUAUUCACCAACUUAGAUGGUCUUAUAAGAUGAUUAGACAGACUAAUGGAGCAUAAGGCUGUCGAUGGCUACCAACCAAUGAUGCCUCUGCUGUACCCCCACAGUCAAAAGCAACUUCUAAAUACCAGUUGCUGGAGCCCCAGGAGGACGGAGUGCACUUGUGCAUGGGCCCUGCUUGCAGGCUUUCCAUUGAAGUAUCUGCUUGGCCACUGUGAGUGCAGGAUAAAACGGACCCUUUCUAGCCUGGCCCAGCAGGGCUCUUCAUAUAGAGAGGUCUGUUGUGAGAGCAGAACCGCCCCUCUCCCCAAGAACAGUCUACCUUUGAAUACCAAAUAAUGGGGAACUGCAACUGGAGAAUACAGUUGGGCUCAGGUCCUGCUUGGGGUUUUCAUUUUGGGGGACAUCAGUCAGGUUGACCACUGUGAGAACGGGAUGCUGGAGUAGAGGCGGGCCACUGGCCUGAUCCAGCAGCCAGAGUCUUUUUCUUCUUCUUCUUCCAUAAACCAUUUAUUGGUGUUCCAAUGCAUUUACAUAGAAAUUUCAUAUUUCUUAUAAUUUAUACAUUCACGUUUUCUAUCACAGUGGUACCUCGGGUUACAGACGCUUCAGGUUACAUACGCUUCAGGUUACACACUCCGCUAACCCAGAAAUAGUGCUUCAGGUUAAGAAUUUUGCUUCAGGAUAAGAACAGAAAUCGUGCUCCGGCGGCAGCGGGAGGCCCCAUUAGCUAAAGUGGUGCUUCAGGUUAAGAACAGUUUUAGGUUAAGAACGGACCUCCGGAACAAAUUAAGUACUUAACCCGAGGUACCACUGUACAUUGUAAAUCCACCUUUAGUUUUUACUUAAUUAUCUCAUACUUUCCCCCCUCAUGACUCGAAGACUUCCCUCCAGCCAUGCGUGACUUCCUAAUUUUGUUUUAAAAUUUGUUACUGUGUUUGUACUUUGAUAAUUUAUUUAUUAAAUAUUUAUUCUUGUAUUCUAUAUUAUAUCUAUCUUGCUCUUAUUUUGUUGGAGCCAUGUAUUCCUCUACACAGGUUUCUCUGUCCUCCAUCAAUCGCGGACUGUGGGUCGGGGGGGAGGAGUAGCGUUGUUAUUCCGGGAGGAUUGCUCUUUCAGAGCUCUGCCAUCACCGGCGAUCUCCGGCAUUGAAUGUGUUGGUCUCAUGUGGGGCACCAAGGAGAGCUUGGCUGUCUGGCUGGUGUACCGACCACCCAGCACACCUGCAGCCACCCUGUCAGACCUGCUGGAGGUUUUGGCAGGCUGGGCCUUGGAGUUCCCAAACCUACUGGUUUUGGGAGACUUCAACGUCCAUGCCGAUGCCGCUCCCUCCUCACAGGCUCUGGACCUAGUGACUUCCAUGGCAACACUAGGGCUCUCCCGGUUUGUUUUGGGCCCCACUCAUCAAGCAGGCCACACGCUGGAUCUGAUCUUUGGGGCUGGCAUAGAUGUGAUCAUGCUCCCCGCUGUGGAAGUGCCAUGGUCUGAUCACUACGCUCUGAAAGCCAAGAUUGACUUCCCACUCCUCCCCUGCUCGGGUGGCGAGCCUAUUUGGGCGAAAACUGAUGGAUCCUGCUCCUCCUGGCGACUCAUUAGAUGACCUUGUUGAGGACUGGAAUAACCGGCUCUUGGCAGCCAUUGAUGAGAUCACACCUAAGCGCCCUCUGCGACCCCGUCGAAACCGGGCCCCUUGGUUUACUGGUUUACUGAGGAGCUCCGGAAAAUGAAGCGGGAUCUCAGACGGCUAGAGCGAGUAUGGCGACGGACUUGUGACGGAGCCUCAAGAACAUCUUAUAGGACGCUUAUGAAAGCCUAUGAGAUGGCUAUGAAAGCUGCUAAGAAAUCUUACUUUGCAGCUUCCAUUGCAUCCGCUAGCUCUCGCCCGGUACAACUUUUUAGAAUAAUUAGGUCAAUAAUGUCCUUAGGAGGACAACCAAAUUUAAGCACAAAUUCGACCCACAGCUGUGAGGCAUUCGCGAGCUUUUUUGCGGAGAAAGUCCUGUUGCUCCGCCGUGACCUCCCUGCCAAUUUAGAUACAGUGACUGAACUGGAGGCCCCUCGACUGACUUCAGGUCCAGUGUUGGACCAUUUCGAUUGGAUACUCCCUACUGAUGUGGAUAGAUUCCUCCAAUUUGGUAGGCCCACCACCUGCCUCCUUGAUCCGUGCCCGUCUUGGCUGAUUAGGGAGUGUCCAGAUGUUGCGCGGACCCCCCUGGUUGAAAUUAUCAAUUUGUCCCUUGACACGGGGACAUUCCCAGGGGAACUGAAGGAAGCAGUGGUGUGUCCACUCUUAAAGAAAACUUCAUUAGAUCCCUUAGACCUAUCCAAUUACCGCCCAGUUUCAAAUCUUCCAUACCUGGGUAAGGUAAUUGAGAGAGUGGUUGCUGAACAGCUUGGUAGGUUUCUGGAGGAAACAUCGGCAUUAGAUCCAUUUCAGUCCGGUUUCCAUCCUGGUUUUGGGAUGGAGACGGCUCUGGUUGCCCUAACAGAUGAUCGCCGUAGACAACUGGAUCGAGGCGGGUCAGGACUGCUGAUCCUUUUAGAUUUGUCAGCAGCCUUUGACAUGGUCGAUCAUGAUCUUCUGGACCACCGCCUCACAGACGUGGGGAUACAGGGCAUAGCCCAUAACUGGCUGUGCUCUUUUAUCUCUGGUCGGGGACAGUGGGUGGCACUAGGGAGGGAAAUGUCGUCGCGCCACUCCUUGGUGUGUGGCGUGCUGCAGGGCGCAAUUCUCUCCCCGAUGCUUUUUAACAUCUUUAUGCGCCCCCUUGCCCAGAUUAUCCGGAGCUUUGGGCUGGGCUGUCUCCAAUAUGCUGAUGACACUCAGCUCUAUCUGCUGAUGGAUGGCCACACCGACUCGGCCCCGAACACACUGAGCAGAUGCUUGGAAGCUGUGGCUGGAUGGUUUCGUGGGAGCCGAUUGAAACUAAAUCCUUCGAAGACAGAGGUCCUAUGGCUAGGACAGGAUGGCAUGGGGAUGAGGGACCAACUCCCUUCUCUUGCAGGGGUGCAAUUGGUGCCAUUGCCUUCCGUUAAGAGUUUGAGUGUAAUCCUUGACGCCUCCCUUUCCAUGGAGGCAACAGCAACAGCCAAGGCGACAUUUUUCCACCUUCGCCGCAUCAAGCAGUUGGUCCCUUACCUUUCCCGCCCCAACCUGGCCACAGUGAUCCAUGCGACGGUCAUAUCCAGGCCUGACUACUGUAAUUCGCUCUACGCGGGGCUGCCCUUGAAGCUGUCCCAGAAACUCCAGCGGGUACAGAAUGCUGCAGCGAGGCUCCUCAUGGGGUCUUUGCCAUGGGAGCAUAUCCACCCAGUGCUUUUCAAGCUGCACUGGCUCCUGGUGGAGUACAGGGUCAGAUUUAAGGUGCUGCUUUUGACCUUUAAAGCCCUUCACGGCCUAGGACCCUCGUAUCUACGGGACCGCCUCUCCUGGUAUGCCCCACGGAGAGCCUCAAGGUCCAUAAAUAACAACACCCUAGUGGUCCCAGGCCCUAAGGAGGUUAGAUUGGCUUCAACCAGAGCCAGGGCCUUUUCAACUCUGGCUCCGGCCUGGUGGAACGCUCUGCCUCAUGAGACCAGGGCCCUGCAGGAUCUGAUUUCUUUCUGCAGGGCCUGUAAGACAGAGUUGUUCCGCCUGGCCUUUGGCUUGGAGCCAAUUUGAUUCCCUCCCUCCUCUCCUCUUUUUCUUUUCCUUCUCCUCCUGCGAUGAGGCUACAUUUUAAUAUUUUAAUGUUCCAUUAUUUUAAUGUUGUAUUUUAUUUUUGUUUUUAAGUUGUAAUCAUUCAUCUUGUUUUAUUAUUGCUUGUAAGCCGCUCUGAGCCCGGCCUUGGCUGGGGAGGGCGGGGUAUAAAUAAAAAAUUAUUAUUAUUAUUAUUAUUAUUAUUAUUAUUAUUAUUACACACCUGCAUUCUUGUUUCAGAUUCUGAUUUGAUUGCAUUCUAAUGGUUGCCGUCAUUUUUGCUAAUUUAAUAAAUUCAAAGAAUUUACAUUGCCAAUCUAUCACUAAUGGUGGUGCUUCACAUUUCUUGAUUCAGAAUUUCUAGUAGCCAGACUCUUAAUGCUCUUAUGCUCUUAAAAACAGGGCACCUGACAGACGACCACCUCUCCAGCUUCCUGAAGCGCUGCCGCCUGGGCCUGCAGCCCAACGGCAUCAUAGUCAUCAAGGACAAUAUGGCCCAGGAAGGGGUCAUCAUGGACGACGUGGACAGCAGUGUCUGCCGGGACCUGAACGUUGUCUGCAAGAUCAUCCGCUGUGCUGGCCUCAACCUGCUGGCCCAGGAGAAGCAGGAGAAUUUUCCUGACGAAAUCUACCACGUUUACACACUAGCAAUGAGAUGAACCCCUCCAUCACUAAGCCCCAUAGAGAGGGAGGUUGCCUUCCUGCGGGGGCCUUGAAACACCCUUCCCAAGCAAGGCUGGCUGCCUCCCCGGCGAUGGAGGGCCCCAACUGAACAUCCUAAAAGAGAUAGUCCAGAAAUUGGGGUCUGGCUGAGACUCUCGUCGUCGAGACUGGCUUAGGAAUGCUGGGGGGGAAGUAAAUGUUCUUUUUUUCGAAGCUGCUGCUGCUAAUGUUGUUGGUUCUUUAUUGUUUGAUGGGUGGAGGGGAAAAAAACACUUGUCAAAAUAUACUUUGUAUGGUUGUAACAGCAA